AUGGAUCGCAUCACGUUUAAAGUUAACGGUGUUCAAUGUUCGGUGGGAUGCGAGGUGAGCUCAGAUACAACGUUAUUGGACUUCAUCCGAUCUACUCUGAAAUUAUCUGGUACCAAGUACAUGUGCACUGAAGCGGGCUGUGGUGCUUGCAUCGUUUCAGCUGUUAGAUUUCCCGGGGCACCAAACACGUCUGUGAAUUCGUGUAUGGUAUCAAUAGCAUCAUGUCAAGACUGGGAAGUCACCACAAUAGAGUAUUUGGGAAAUAGGCUAAAAGGCUAUCAUGUAAUCCAGACGACGCUAGCAGAAAAUCAUGGAACUCAAUGCGGAUACUGCAGCCCUGGCUGGGUUAUGGCUAUGAACAGUCUAUUACAGAGCACGAAGAAACUUACUAUGCUUGAAAUAGAAAAAUCAUUCGGAAGUAAUGUCUGUAGAUGUACAGGUUAUAGACCGAUAUUGCAAGCUUUCAAAAAAUUUGCUCAAGAUGCUCCUAGUUGGAAAAAAUUACAUGAUAUAGAAGAUCUAAACAUUUGCAAAAAGGACGACGGUGAAUGUUCAAAAAGUGACUGCGAGGAUUAUGACUGGUGUAUUGUUUCAAAGGAUGAUGUUAAAUACCAAUCUAUAGUUCAUAUUAAAUUAGAAGAUGGUCGUGAAUGGUUUCGAGUUCGAGAACUUUUUGACGCGUUUAAUAUUUUAGGUGUAAAGGGUGAUGAUUCAUACAUGUUUGUUGCUGGAAAUACUGCAAAAGGCGCAUACCCUAUAGACCAGUAUCCCAGAAUACUUAUUGACAUCAGUAUGGUAGCUGAACUAAAGAAGGUUCUCAAAGAUCAAAAUUUAGUCGUUGGUGCCGGAUCAACAAUUUCAGAAGUAAUGGAAGUAUUCAAAACAGUGGGUAAACAAGAAUAUUUCGAAUACCUGCUAACAUUUUAUGAACAUCUUACACUUGUUGCUCAUAUUCCCGUUCGAAACCUGGGAACAGUAGCUGGCAAUCUAAUGAUAAAACAUGAACAUCGUGAAUUUCCUUCAGAUAUUUUCGUGCUUUUUGAAACAGUUGGCGCAAAACUAACAAUUGUGAAUGGUCACGGUUUUAGUAAGACCGUAUCUCUUCAAGGAUUUCUCAAAGAAAAUAUGAGAGGCAAAAUAAUUCUCAAAGUGUUAUUACCCCCUCUAAACAAAAACUACAAAGUACUGUCAUUUAAGAUAAUGCCGAGGGCUCAAAAUGCUCAUGCAAUAGUAAAUGCUGGAUUUCUUUAUAAGUUACACAACAAUACAGUUAUCGAAUCAAGAAUCGUGUAUGGUGGUCUGUCACCACUUUUUAUUCGAGCUAUCAAUACUGAAAAAUACCUUAUCGGAAAACCACUAUUUACAAAUGAAACUCUCCAAGCAGCACUGAAGGUACUGAGUGGGGAAUUAAUAGUAACUGAGGAUCCUCCGAACCCUUCAAUAGCAUAUAGAAGGCAGCUAGCUCUCGCACUGUUUUAUAAGGGGCUUCUUACACUAUGCCCACCAAAUGUGCUGCACCCACGGUAUCGUACAGGAGCCAUCAAACUAAAAGAGACCCGUCCUGUGUCUGAUGGUCGACAGAUAUUUGAUACAGACCCUUCCCUGUGGCCUUUAAAUCAGCCCAUACAAAAAGUUGAAGGAUUGAUUCAGUGUGCAGGAGAAGCACCAUAUACAGAAGACAUACCUCCAUUACCACAAGAGGUUUUUGCAUCAUUUGUAUUAAGCACUGUUGCCGUGGGUGAUGUAGAAGUUAUUGAUUCUACCCGUGCUUUAAGGGAACCAGGAGUAAUAGCAUUCUACACAGCUAAGGAUAUACCAGGAGUAAAUUCGUUCACUCCUUCUGGCAGCUUGUUGAGUCCGAACAAUGAGGAAUUACUUUGCAAUGGCAAAGUUAAAUAUUACAAUCAACCGAUUGCAAUAGUUGUUGCUAAAACUCGACAAAUAGCUGAUAGAGCUGCUAAAUUAGUAACAGUAAAAUAUGCCAAUGUAGUGAAACCACUUUUAGACAUUAAAAUAGCUAAAAAUAUUGCUAAUAGAAAUACUAUGUUUUCAAAUAUCGCUGAAACAGAUAGAGGCAACGACGUCAUUAAAAUCGGCGUUAAUGCUAAGGGGAUUGUACAAUAUAUGAAUUAUAAGCUAUAUGACGACCACGGAUACGUCGUCAAUGAACCCUUCUUAUUCCUUACAACAGACAUUUAUAAUAAUUGUUACAGUAAAACGAGGUGGAAUUACAAAUCUUUCAAUACUACAACGGAUAAUCCAUCGAACUCCUGGUGCAGAUCCCCAGGUACACUGGAAUGUAUUGCAAUGGCAGAAAUGAUAAUGGAACGAAUAUCGUACGAACUAUCUUUAGAUCCAAUUGAAGUCCGUCUAGCGAAUGUAGAUCCCGCUUUUCAAAACGAUUUAAAAGAAAUGCUUGAUACAAUAAUAAAAAAUUCUGAUUACGCCGAGCGACGAAAAGAAGUUGAUAAAUUUAAUAGAGAAAAUCGUUGGAAGAAACGCGGUCUGAGACUUUCAUUCAUGAAGUGGACUCCAGUUGGUCCUUUCUAUAUAGAUAUUAAUAUGGCAGUCUAUCGUGAUGAUGGUUCGGUAGCAAUAACGCAUAGCGGUAUUGAAAUGGGGCAGGGUGUUAAUACAAAAGCUGUACAAAUAUGUGCGUAUUUUCUUAAAAUACCCGUUGAGAAGAUUCAGAUUAAAACAAAUAAUACAAUCAUUGCUCCGAACGGUAUGAUAUCUGGCGGAAGCUUAACAUCACAAAACGUUGGAAUCGGUGUACAAAGAUGCUGUGAGGAACUAUUAAAAAAAUUAGAACCAAUUAAAAAUCAAAUGAACAAUCCAACAUGGGAGCAACUGAUUCAAAAAGCGUAUGCAUCUGACAUUGAUUUACAAACGCACGCAUUUGUUAAUGCCUCCGAUGUACAGAUGUAUGAUAUAUUUGGUAUAACAGUAGCUGAAGUUGAAAUAGAUGUAUUAACUGGACAAACUGAAAUUAUACGUGUUGAUUUAAUAGAAGAUGUUGGGCGAAGUGUUAGUCCAGAAAUUGACAUUGGUCAGGUUGAAGGGGCUUUCGUAAUGGGUUUAGGAUACUGGACCUGUGAGAACUUAGUAUAUAAUAGAGACACAGGAGAAUUGCUAUCCAAUCGUUCUUGGGAUUACUGGGUACCACAGGCCAGAGACAUACCACAAGACUUCAGAAUAUAUUUUAAGAAAAAAUCUUAUAGUAACGAUGCCAUUCUCGGAUCUAAAGCUACCGGCGAACCAGCCACAUGUAUGGCUAUUGUCAUACCUUUUGCAAUUAGGGAGGCUAUUUCUCAUGCAAGGCUAGAAAGCGGUCUUCCGACAACACAAUGGUUUCAGAUAGAUGGUCCGUUCACCGUUGAAAAAAUUUGCUUGGCCUCUGCCUCAAAUAUUCAAGAUUUUAAAUUCUAUUAA